UAUUCGCGUCAUCAUCAAGCAUGGCGGCGACCGUGGUAGCGAAGGAUCUUAAUACUUUUCUCAGUCAAAAGCAAAAUGUUGCCGACAAGGAGCUGGCCGCGGAGUGGGCGCAGCUCGAGGAGCUGUACAGCAAACGGCUUUGGCAUCAGCUGACGUUGAAGCUGGAGACGUUUGUGAAGCAUCCGGUGCUCCAGCAGGAGGAUAAUCUCGUGCAGCUCUACUCCAACUUCCUGUCGACCUUCGAGAACAAAAUAAAUCCAUUGUCGUUGGUGGAGAUACUGGCGCAUGUGGUGCAACAGUUGCAAGAUAAUCACGAGGCGAUUAAAUUCUUGGAGAAGACAGAGACGAAGGUUCAGAGCAACAAUGAAGCUGUCGCGCUUUGUAAGGUUCUCAAGGGGCAGAUCCUGUUGGACAAGCUGAACAAUCAGGAGCAAGCGAAGAAGAUCAUAGAGGAAGUGGAGGCUAUGCUGGACAACGCCGACGGCGUUACGACGGUACAUGGACGUUUUUACCUUCUCGCCAGCCGGUUGUACAGAUUACAGGGCAAACACGCGGAAUAUUAUCGCACAGCAUUAAGAUAUCUAGGUUGCAUCGAAUUAAGUAGCCUGAGCAGACAAGAGCAAGAACAGCACGCCUUCUUCCUGGGCCUCGCGGCGCUCCUGGGCGAGGGCGUCUACAAUCUCGGGGAAUUGCUCGCGCAUCCAGUCUUGGAGUCGUUGAAGGGCACGCCGAACAACUGGCUCGUCGACUUGCUGCAAGCCUUCAACGCCGGCGACAUCGUCGCGCUGGAGAGACUGAAGCCGCAGUGGAGCAAAGUGGCCGAUCUUGCGGCGCAGGAGUUGAAAUUGAGACAAAAGAUCUCGUUGCUGUGCCUAAUGGAGAUGACCUUCAAGCGGCAGGCUAACAAUCGACAAUUGACGUUCAUGGAGAUCUCUCAGGAGACGCGUCUACCUCUCGGCGAAGUGGAAUUGCUGGUGAUGAAAGCUCUCGCCCAGGGCCUCGUGCGCGGCGCCAUAGAUCAGGUGGCGGGCACCGUCAAUAUGACCUGGGUGCAACCGCGUGUCCUGGACCGCAGCCAGAUCGCCGGGAUGGUCCAACGCCUCGACGGAUGGUGCAAGGAUGUCAGCUCGAUGGAGAAGCUCUUGGAGUCGAGGGCGUCUGAGAUCCUCACUCUCUGAGAACGCGGGCCACUUUCAAACUUGCUCGUUUGUCGUGUCAGCGGAACGUUGGUUCGCGUUAACUAACAAUUAUAAAACCAGUUUCUUAACAUGUCGCCAAUAAAUACGAACGAUUAUUUCUUA